AUGGUCGCAGAUUUCCGAUCAAAAAAUUUUCAAUUUAAACUAGAUGUCCAUAUAAAAAAGAAAACUCGUCGAGCUCUAUUUCAAGCGCAUGGAAAAACCGUAUGGGAAGCAGAAUGGAUUGGAAAAGACGGCGCACCCAUUUGUUUAAUGAAAAUAAAUGGUGUCAAAGCUUUAAAAGAAGCAUCAUUUUAUGAGGCUAUGACACGACAUCCAUAUAUUGUAAAGACAUAUGGAAUUGUCGAUGAGUCUGUGGACACAUCGUUAAACUCAAUUAUGCUAUUGCAAGAAUUUGCAUCUGAGGGCAAUUUAUUCGAAUUAUUACAAGAUCAAACAUCUGUACCUGAAUCAAAUAUCUUAUGUGAAAUGUUUGUGCAAAUAUCUGAUGCAAUGGUAUUUUUAGCACAUAAUCAAAUUGUACAUGGCGAUUUAGCAUGUCGAAAUGUAUUGGUAUUUCGAUACGAUGCUAACGAACCGAAACAUAACCUUGUCAAACUAACAGAUUUUGGCCUUAGUCGAGGAAGUUCAAUGUAUGCUCCAGUGGGAUCAUCAUCGACUACAACAUUAACUAUAAUUCCAAUACGUUAUGCUGCCCCUGAAGUUCUCAGUGAUAGUAAUAAUAGAAAUUCUUAUACAGAAAAAUCUGAUAUGUUCUCAAUGGGUGUGUUGAUGUGGGAAGGUUAUACAAAAGGUGAAAUGCCAUGGUCAAAUAUUGAAAAUGAUAAUGACGUUUCUCGAAAAGUUAGAAAUGGUGAACGUUUAAAACAGCCUUCGAAAUGUAGUGAUGCAAUGUGGUCACUAAUUUUAAAAUGUAUGUUACAAGAACCAAAUGAUCGACCAACAUUCAAAGAAUUGAAGCGUCAACUAUUAGGGCUUAUGUUAAAUUCUGUAAGCUCACCAGGUCAACUUUCUUUUACAGGAUCGAAACCAGGAGCAGCAUUACCUUCACUUGCAAAUGCUGCAGAACCAAAUAGUUCAUCUUCAAAUCAACAACAAGCAUCAGCUGCUGCUUUUCCACAGAGAAUAUCAGGGGGAUCAUCAGGAGCUAAUACAGGAUCUCCAAUUGGUGCAUCGUUCGCACCAACACAACCAUCUGGUUCGACAACAUCAUUUUCAUUUAAAAAUGCAGCAGCAGCAACAAAUGGUUCAAAUAUGUCUUUUCCCACUCAACCAUCAGGAGAUGCUCCGCGAUUUUCUUUUAAUAGUGCUGUAUCAGGAGAUGCUCCACGAUUUUCUUUUAACAAUGCUGUAUCAGGAGAUGCUCCACGAUUUUCUUUUAACAAUGCUGUAUCAGGAGAUAGACCACGAUUUUCUUUUAACAGUGCUGUAUCAGGAAACCCUCCAGAAUUUUCUUUUAAUAAUACAUUAUCCACAAAUCCUUCAGCUCCUAACUUUAAUCAAUCCAAAAAUAAUUCAGAAAUUCAACAACCAUUAUCCUCAUAUACAUUUACAUCAUCAAGACAAGAAGAAAAUGAUACACCUGCUUCAUUAGCUGAAUGUUCAUUAAUCUCAAAAAUGAUUAAUAAAACAUUACGAGAUCCAACUAACGUUGUUAUUGAUCGCAGUGAUCCAUUAUCUCCAUUAUAUUCGACUAAAAGUUUUGAACAACUUAAUCUUAAUCCUGAUUUAUUAAAAGGUAUUCAUAGUAUGAAUUUUCUUGCUCCAAGUAAAAUUCAAGAAAUUACUUUAACUCACUUACUGAGCACUCCACCACAAAAUAUGAUAGCACAAUCACAAUUUGGUACAGGCAAAACAGUUGCUCUUUCCAUUGCAACUAUAUCACGUAUUGAUCCAUCUAUAAAAUCACCGCAAGCCCUUAUUCUUGCACCAAUAUUUGAAUUAGCUUUACACAUCGGUUCAGUUAUUGAGAAUCUAGCUAAAUUCUUACCAUAUAUUCAAAUUGCAUAUGCUGUACGUGAUCAAGCAAUAUCAAAAAGAGCUGAACGUGUCCGUGGUCAACUUUUACGUGAACCAAUUGUUGUUGGUACACCUGGAACAGUUGAAGAUUGGUGUAGAAAAAUGAGAAUAAUUGAUUUACAACAAUUAAAUAUAUUUGUUGUUGAUGAUGCUGAUAUUACGAUAGCAACUGGAGAUUUUCAAAAAAGUUGUAAAAAUCUUGUUGAAAAUCUUAAUAUGUCCCAUUGUCAAUUGAUGUUAUUUUCGCCAACGUAUUCAGAUGAAGUCAUGAAUUUUGCACGUGAACUUGUUCCAGCACCAAUUGUUUUCAGAUUAAAACGUGAAAAACAAAUAGUGAAUAAUAUAUAUCAAUAUUAUAUAUGUUGUUAUGAUUUACAACAAAAAUAUCAAGCUAUCGAACAAAUUUAUACUGAAUUAACGGUUGGACAAGCAAUGGUUUUUUGCCGAACAAAAAGAACAGCAGAUGAAUUAGCAACUCAAAUGUCAAAUCAAAAUCAUUCAGUGGGAUUAUUAACAGGAGAUUUGGGUAUGGAACAACGUGCAGCUAUACUUCGAAAAUUUGGUGAAGGCCAAUUUCGUGUACUAGUAUUAACAAAUAUGACAGCUCGUGGUAUUGAUAUUGAAGAUGUCUCAUUAGUUAUUCAUUAUGAUGUACCUACAACUGUCACUGGUGAACCAGACUAUGAAACAUAUCUUCAUCGAAUUGGUCGUUGUGGUCGAUUUGGUAAAAUAGGUUAUGCGUUUAGUUUGAUCGGCUCAGAAAAAGAACAUGGUAUCCUAAGAUCCAUUGAGAAGUAUUUCUAUCGUAACAUUCAAGAAAUUACUAUUGAAGAUAUUGGCAAACUCGAAGCAGAUCAAGAAUAA